AAUACCAGUUACUCCUCACUUGCUCUUUACCAAUAAGAGCUCCCGAAGCCCAGCGUGUGCACCAAGUUGCAGCCACUCGUUAUCGAUCAAGGAGGCCGAGGCAGCAGCUGGUUUCUGGCCGGUUGGUGGCCGGGCUUGUCGAUCGCCGUAUAUGUCCUCGUACCUCCUCUCCAUGAGCCCCGUCGACGAGAUCGGCGGGUACGUGGACGACGGCAGCGACGACAUGACCGCCGGCUACCUAUCCUUCGACAUCGACGAGUAUUACCUGCCGGAGGCAGAUCACGCCUUGUAUACAGGGCAGCAGGCGGCGGCGGAUCCGCCCGUUGCGCAUUCUCUGCAAGCCGACGACGCUGACAGCUACAAGAGCGGCAGCAAAGCAGCAAGUUCAGAAGGACUCUCCUACCACGAUAAGAUCAAUAAUCAUCAGAGCUUGACGAGCGCCGGAAAGAGCUGCAAGAUCGCGUUCAAGACGAGGUCGGAGGUGGAGGUGAUGGACGACGGGUACCGGUGGAGGAAGUACGGCAAGAAGAUGGUCAAGAACAGCCCCAACCCAAGGAACUACUACCGUUGUUCGAGCGAGGGGUGCCGCGUGAAGAAGCGGGUGGAGCGGGAGCGGGACGACGCGCGCUUCGUCAUCACCACCUACCACGGCGUCCACGACCACCCCGCGCCGCUCCCGCCGAGGGGGUGCGCCGGCUACUCGCUGGCCCAGCCGCACUACCAGUAGUCCAUCACCCAUGUUUCACUAUUGGAGGCCCGCUGCUAGCUCUGCUUUCUUGACCCGAUGAAGCUGCACGCACGCCGCCGGUGCAGGGGAAUGGAUUACGGGCGGCAGCAAGCAGCAGCAGCAGCAGAGAUCCACACCGCAGUACUAGUAGUAUUUUUUUUUUCCGAGGCCUGUAUUGUAUGCAACGAUGCGGGAGAUUGAACACGGUAUUACUGAAACGGUUCUGGGAUUUUUUAAGAACCGGAAGAUGCAUGUAACAAGAAGCACCCUUUUCAUUGAACGACCUAAGCCGUGAUUUGGGCUAAAAGUAGCAGGGUUACCAA